AUGGCCAGCAGUGAUCACAGUACUAAUUGUGUUAAUACCUCAGAUGAGGAGGACUUUUCCUCCAAUGAGGAAUCUAGCUCAGAUAGCAUGGAGACAAUGAAAUCUGUGCCAGGAAAGCUGAGACCAGAUGAACUUCAAAUCCUCCAAGAUGGUCUAAAUGGUUGGAAGGAAGCUGACACAAACAAAAGGGCCUCACUGAUGGAGGGCAUUCAUGUUAAGUAUAUUUUACAGGCCAUCAAGAAUUGGAUGUAUGACAACAGUCGGUCCUGGGCACAGAAGGCCCUGGUCAAGUAUGGCUCCAAAUGGAUGGCCCUAAAGGUGAUCAAGCUGCAGCAUAAGAAGGAUAUCCAGCAAGUACUUGUGAAGGCCAGAAUACAUCCUGGGAUGUCAGUUAUGAUCAAACACUAUCAGCCAGCCAUUCAGAAGGUAGUCCAGUCAUUGGCCAAGGCUGAAUUGGACCAGGCAGCCCAUUUGGCAAAAGAGUGGAAUGAGGGAAAGCUGCCACCUGAAGCCCAGGCAGAGGCAGCAACAAGUAAGGGCCGGAAGUAUGCAAAACAGUUUGCAUAUGACAUGUGGAAGCAGUGUGGGAUGAGAGUGGUGAUCAUGUCAGCAUGGAAGGAUAAGGAAGGCAAAGUGAUGGUUGGAGUGUAUGACUUCAAUGAUGAGCUGGGCAAUGGAGAGCUCUAUUCAGAUUGGGAAGACCUUCAUGGAAAGUGGUCAGCCUAUGCAAAGAAGGCCUUUGGGGCCAAUGGUAUGGAGGAUGGCAGUGGAGAGGAUGAGGCCAGUCAAACCACAGUAAAAGCAUGGAAAGGAAAAAAGCAGUCUCAAUUCUCCCUGUCCACCAAUGAUGAUGGCAUGCCCAUUCUUCCAAAUCUCUUGGACUUACAGACACCAGAAUUAAAGGACAUCAUGAAGGUGUUCAUAACCAGCCAUUAUUGCUUGGCUUGUGGGAAGACAAAUGCCAGUGUACCUUGGGCUGCAAUGGCUGACAACUGGGCAUCCUAUGUGUCUUCCAAGUAUCUUCCUCCCAAUAUCCCAUUCAAGGAGCCCACCAGGCUGACACAUCAUGAACUAAUCGAAACCUUGGAGUUCUGGAAGGAAUGA